AUGAAAGGGGAGCUCGUUGAACUGGAGGAUAAGACAACCAAAAGACAAACUGAAACCACACCAUCCAACGCUCUACACACAAGCUCUUCUCGUCGUGGCCGACCAGCGAAGCAUCUCGGCUCCUCGGCUAAGCGAACCAAACGCAAGAAUCAAUCCCACAAACUGAAAGCCCGGAAGCCGAUGGGUCCCCGGAAGCAAAUAACGCCUACAACUAAGAAGGACCUGCUCAAGGAGCGGGCGUAUGGGAGAUACGCGAGGAAGCGUACGAGAGAGCAGCAGGAGCAGGCCGUCUUGCGGAAGGUGGAGACAUACUUUAGGGUCCUGAGGGAUGGGAAGAAAUACCGGAGCUUGGGAGGGGUGAGGAGGUAG